UCUGUUCUCCACAUAUGAGUGUAUUUAUGCAUGUGUGCACCAGCUCCAUCUUAAGAGCGAUGCUUUAAUGCAGCAGUGAAAAGGAAAAAAAAAAGCGUGCCUGCAGCAUGUAGAUAGGAACGGUGAGGAGGAGAUUUGGAAAAAGUGAUGUGGAGUAGAAGGGAGGUGGGAUGAGGGUGGUAGAGGAGUGGAGGAAAAUGAGAAGGACCACCCUCAAUGAGAAGUCAUUUUCAGGGAGCCUACCAAAGGAAGCCAUCCCACACACACACCAUGGCCAGCCAGCCAAUCAGAUCGCUCUCGUCUAGGAGCCAUCCUCCCUCGAACAGCUGCUCCAUCUAUGGCUCAGCAAAGCGUAUGUGAAGCAAGCCGGUGCACCUCUGAGUCUUUAGCCUUAGCAGUAAUCGGAUGACUGCUGACAUUUUUUUGUAGCCCAGAUACGAUAUUUUUAAUUUCUGUCCAGGCAGCACRAUCCAAUCAGCCUGAACAACCCGUUACCUGUGAGCGUUGUCUGACUCAUCAUUUUCCUUCUGACUGAUAUUGGAUGUAGAAAAUCAGGACCUUGGAGGGAUUUUUUUUCCUCUCUCUCUCUCUUUSGAGCCACAGCAAUGGAUGGUGACAAAGCAUGUCGGAAAGGGUUCUGUUUGACAUCAAAACAGCGAGACACUGAUUGAAGAGGGGCCAUGAGAGCCAGGAGAGAGGCCAGGAUGGUGUCUGCCUGUUCACCAUGCACAAACAGAAGGCCAAGCAAAAGAAGUGGAAGAAAGUGAUAUGGAAACCUCAAAGCACUGCCAGUAACUCAAACAAGAGCUCGCCCACCUGCUCACCAGUCCUGCGUAAACGUUCGCGCUCUCCCACACCGCAGAGCCAGGAGGGUGAGAACAUGGUGGAGAAGGGCUCGGACCACUCCUCUGACAAGUCCCCCUCCACGCCUGAGCAGGUCGUCCAGAGAACGUACUCGGUGCAGUCGGCGCGAAGCGGCGGAAAGAACUCCAAGUCUCACAAGCGACUUUCCAAAUAUGACAGACUAAACCUGAUUAAAAAGAGCCAAAGCUGGUACAACCAUGAAAGGCAACACAUCCUGAGAGUGCUGAGCCCGACAUACAAGCAGCGCAAUGAGGACUUCAGGAAACUCUUCAAGCAGCUCCCCGACACAGAGAGACUCAUUGUUGACUACUCAUGUGCCCUUCAGCGGGACAUCCUCCUGCAGGGACGACUCUACCUCUCCGAGAACUGGAUCUGUUUUUAUAGCAACAUCUUCCGCUGGGAAACACUGCUGACAGUCCGAUUAAAGGACAUCUGCUCGAUGACUAAAGAGAAGACUGCACGCCUCAUUCCCAAUGCCAUCCAGGUCUGCACCGACACAGAAAAGCACUUCUUUACCUCAUUUGGAGCCAGGGACAGGACAUACAUGAUGAUGUUCAGACUGUGGCAGAAUGCACUGCUUGAAAAGCCCCUGUGUCCCAAAGAACUGUGGCACUUUGUGCAUCAGUGCUACGGCAACGAGCUCGGCCUAACCAGCGACGAUGAGGACUAUGUUCCCCCUGAUGAUGACUUCAACACCAUGGGGUUCAGUGAAGAGAUUCCCAACGAAGAGAAUGAGAUAAACAAUGACAACUUGACAAAGAACAGCACGGAGCAAACCAAGCCUGAGGGGGGGAGUCCUCCUCCACUCCAUAAAAAAGUUGUCCCAAACAACUCCAUCCCAAGCCCUGGCAACCAUGACACAGCAAUCACAUUUGAACUCCCAGCAGAGGAAUUUGCAGACUGUUUACCAGACGGUGAGYUGCUAACGGUGCCUCUGGUAGUAGAGGAGAAGACCGAGACCAGCGGACUUGGUGGUCCUGUUCCCUCCCCAUCACUGGACUUUAACGACAAUGAAGACAUCCCAACAGAGCUCAGUGACUCCUCAGAAACCCAUGACGAGGGUGAGGUCCAAGCCUUCCACGAGGAUCUGAACGGCAGGCAGCAUAUCAAUGAGGUGUACAAGUUCAGCGUGGACAAACUCUAUGACAUCCUCUUCACAGAGUCUCAGUUCAUGAGUGACUUCAUGGAGCAAAGGCGAUUCUCAGAUGUUGUGUACCAUCCGUGGAAGAAGGAAGAGGCAGGAAACCAGACUCGAGUGAUCCUGUAUACCAUCUCUCUGUCCAACCCGCUGGCACCUAAAACAGCCACGGUCACUGAGACGCAGACUCUGUACAAAGCCAGUCAGGAGAGUGAGUGUUACAUCAUCGAUGCAGAGGUCAUCACGCAUGACGUGCCCUACCACGAUUACUUCUACACUCUCAACCGCUACAUGCUCACACGGGUGGCCAAGAACAAGUGUCGGUUACGGGUUUCAACAGAGCUGCGUUACAGGAAACAGCCAUGGGGGCUGGUGAAAGGCUUCAUUGAGAAAAACUUCUGGAGUGGGCUUGAAGAGAACUUCCGCCAGCUAGAGGUGGAGCUGUCGAAGCUGGAGGAGAUCAUCACGGAGGCCCACCAACUCUCUCCGAAGGCCAAGGCGGUGAAGAACUCCACGGUCAGGCGGAAAAAGAGGCCGCUCCCCCACAUGCGCAGCCAGCAUCUGGACGAGGCCCUCAGCCCUGUCACCACGCCGACAGACGAGGAAGUGAUUCAGAGGAUCAAACAAGUGGUGGGCUCCACGCAGACUAGACACCAGAGUCCAGAACACCACCACCUGCCAGGAGGCCUGGCUCUGUACAGCGUGUCCAAACUGCUGCUCAUCAUCAGCUUUGUGAUCUGUCUCAGCCUGGUCCUGCUCGUGUUCCUCAACAUGAUGCUCUUCUAUAAGCUGUGGAUGCUGGAGUACUCUGCACAAUCCCUAACGACAUGGCAAAGUCUGCGACUGCAGGAGAGUAAACUGCCUCAGACACAGAUGGAGUGGGCCCAGCUCCUGGAGGCGCAGCAGCGUUACCAUGAUGCCGAACUGCAGAAGUGGAGAGAAAUUAUUAAGUCGUCUGUGGUGCUGCUGGACCAGAUGAAAGACUCGUUGCUGAACCUCCAGCGAGGCAUUGGCUUGAGAGACUACAGCUCUGAGACCGAGGAGAAGCAGAGUCGCUAUCACUGACGCACCACCGCGAGGCCAUGAGGGCGUGCCGUGCAAUAUAGGACCAGUUCUGUUUGUGACGCAGCGAGCAGCCAGCGGCAACACAGAGGGAACACAGACGAAGACCAACGGUGAGCGGGUCCAAAGACGCGGAGAGAGGAACUGUGGUCGUUUCCAGCGCACACGAGUUCAAACGUCCCACGUGAGGGAAUAGGUGGACACACGCACACUGGAGCUGAGGUAUCCCCCAACAUCACUGAGGCAUUGUGGGAGACUUGCUCGUCCUCUAAACCCGUGGGAUAAAUGUUUCCUUCUACUGUCUUUAUUUCCAAGUGCAUCCUACUGUAAGCCAUGUCAACUGGAGAGUGGUACAGAAUAACAAAGGAACUACUGCAUGCAUGUAGACAGCCUAGCUCUCCUCAGUCAGUCAUUGUUCACGUGGUCCAGUUCCAGUCUAUGUAUGUCAAUUAACAGAAACAAAAACAAAGAACAGAAGAAGAGAUGGAGACAAAGAAAAAGGGGUMUUUUAAGUUUUAAUGACUUUUUACUCUCCUGACUGUUCCAAACUAGUCGUCCCCUCCAGGUUCUUGCUGCAGCGUCCCUUAAACGAGCCUCCAGGUCAUCAGAGGAAAACUUGGUUUCACUAAACCGAACGAGGAGCUCUACUAAUCAGUCCUCGUUUAAACCAAGUCUGCACAGUUCCAGUCAGGGCUGGUUCCCUGUCGGAACACCGCAGAAAAUUAACCUCAAACUCAACGGUCGCUACCACAGUGUUACCUUCCUGACAAUACACUAGUUCCCUUUUUUAAUAAAGUGGAAUGUAUUUGUUCAGAAAUAAAAAGGCCAUAUUUUAACCACAACCACUUAUUUAAUACGGGGACUCUGCAGCCAGACCAGGAGGGGGACAUGUAUUCUUACGUUUUAUUACUAAACUGUGAUUAAAUCUCUUUAAAAGAUGUUUUAAAUUGGAAAGAGUUCUAUGAAUAUAUUUGAAAUAUAUAGCAAUAUUUCAUUAUUUAAAAUAUAUAUUUCAAUAUAUAUAUAAACAUUGCUUAUAUUUAUUGUUAAUUUAUGUACAUACAGAAAUUAUCAGAGCUCUAGACCAGUUGAAGACUUUCUACUGAAAAGUGUUUAAUUCUAAGAAAAUGCAUGCCAGAUAUGUCUGUGACAUGUCAAGUGUGCAGCUAUAUGAUUUGCAUUCGCGCGAUUAUGUUCGCGCACGUGUGUGUGUGUGUGGGUGAAUGUGUGCGUGUUGGAAAGAGUGACAUUUUUACCAUUCCACAUUUUUCAUAUUUUCUCCAUUUCUGGCUCCUGCAGUCAGACUGCCUUUUUUAUGUUAAAUGCUCAUGUAUUUGGAUGCCGCCUUGCAUUUUAGUCCCAUCAGGGUCCAGUUUACAGCUGAAGAGUUUUGUUCCAAAUUUAUGUAUCCAGUAUAAAGAAAAAUAAACUAAGCAACAAAUGCUUUUACAAGGAACAACAUAAAGGGACAGUUACAUUUUUUUUAAAUGGGGAUUUAAUCAGUGAGUAAAAAAAUAAACAUUAUUGUCUUAUUUCUUGUACUUACCACUUUAAACAACCUCAGUUUGAAGAUAUAGAGUGUAGUUCUGACUGGACUGAUGAGCUAACAGCCAGGAAGUAUAUUGCUAGCAGCACAUUUAAACUAACACUAUUUUAUAAASCUUUACRUUGCCAUUAUUUGCACACUAGAARUAUUAGUUAUUCCAUUAGAAAUAUUGAAAAUAGUGACAGCUGUGGCUAGCUAUGUGUAGCUAGCUGCAGCUAACUGCAGCUUUGUUUGCCGAGAUACAGAAAAGUCUAAGUAAACGAUUGUGCAGACAUGUCAAGUUGUACGGAUUGUUCAUAAAUUUGCAUGUAUACAAAUGUAUAGAGAAAAUCUUGUUGUUUUUUUCAAAAACUUUGAUUCAAAUUUAUUUCAGUUUCAGAGCUGACACUGUUAUGUCCGCCCCCAAGAAUCCACCCCAAACCCCCUCAACCCAUGCUAUAUUGUUUGAGAGUACUAUGGAUUUUUUUCUGAAAAUUACAAAAUUCUAAUGGUCAAGAUACAGAUAAUCAUCCGAAGGGUUUGACAUGUCUAACUGUGUAGUGUAAAAUACAUAGAAAUAUUAUGGUUAUACGGCAGCAAUCCACAUUGAAUUAAGUCAGCUGUUACCUCGUCGGUUCCAUCAGAUUAACUCUAGUUCUUCAACUUGAGGUUGUUCGAAAAGUAAUCUACAGGUAAGAUAUUAAUGACUGCACUGACCACAACUUAAAAAUAUCUCAAGUAUUUUUAAAAUAACAUCAUUAUGUUAGCACAUAUAAAGUUGAAUAAAUGUUCAGRAUGAUGGCAGAUGAUCAUAACUGCUCAUAUUUAAAAUUGAACUUUUUUAUCUUCUGAAUGGAUGYGGGACAUUUUGGAGAAGAACCCUUCAUUGAACCUAUACGAGUUACUGAUCUGGUCAUGUUUCUGCUUCAGCAGCAUAACUUCCAUGUGCUGAAAAGGGACCGUUUGACCUUUUGAGAAACACCUUUUUUUUGCGUACCUGCACGCUGAUUGAAUUUAAACCAUUUUCAUCUGUACGAUGAAUGACUAAAUAAACAUAAACSUAUUUUGUCUCCAGUUUAAAAAAGUAUGCUAUCCAACUAAAUAAAAAUUAAGAAUAAUUUCUCAAAAUGUCAAACUAUUUCUUUUAAUCUAGAUUAUAUUUUCCCAACCUUUUCAUUUCUGAGCCUGUUUUGGGUACAGAAGCAUGAAAAAAUAAUUUUAAACAACUAAAUUGAACCAAAACAAAAAAGAAGUGCAUUGUCACAGAUUAUAUUGUUUUAAAUAAAGUAUUUAUCAUGUAUGCCAUGUACUACAGUAUAUAAAAAUAUACUGGGAAAUGUGUGUUAUAGAGCAUCUUUCAGCAGUUUAACUGAGAUCCCAUUACAGCACUUCCAAAAUGAAAAUAAAGACCUUCUUCCUCUUGUUAAAUAAAAAAGUGAAGCACUUUAAAGUAUGUUCAGGGAGUGAUUUAAAGGAGAAAAAUGUUUAGUUUGGAAGGGAAUGUAGAGGAAAUACCAGACUGAGGAUUUAUGACUUCCAAACCAGUUAGUUUUUUUUUUUUUUUAACUGAGAUCUUUUUAAAAUUGAUCCCAAAUAAACGGUCAGAUCUCAGCAGGACUGACCAACACACUUCCACGUUUAUUUUCAGAGCAGGAAAAGGGAAAUGUGCUUUUACUGAGUGCCUGCAGAGAGUGUUAAUGACUAAUACGGUCAGAAGAGUAGAAAAAGCUUCAGGACUGGAUCGCUGCUGUGUGUGUGUGUGUGUUUGUGUUUGUGCUUUAUUACGUUUAAAGAGGGCACAGAGUAAUAAUAGGGCAUAAAGCUGGAGAUCUGAAUGUUAAAUGACACGUUUAGCAGGCAUCGCUUUUACAAUCCAGAUUUUCUCUGGCACAUUAGAGUGGGGUUGUGCUUUGUGUUUAUGAUGAAGGUGAAAAAAAUGACAGAAAUGUUUUUUUUUGUUGUUUUUCACAAAGUGUUUUUUAUUAUUAUUAUUAUUUAUGUUAUACAAACAUUCUCAGUGGUUUAAGGAGUGAUGAAUGCUUGAUGACGGUGGCUAAACUUUGAAAAACUUUAAGAUUUUCAUAGUCGAGAUUUGAUUAAAAACAAUGUUCACAAAUAUGCAAAAGAGUUUAGACGUCCCAUGUUUCUCAUUGUUCUAAUCUGGGCUACAAUCUGUUCCUGUUUUUUUUUUUUUUAUUAUCAUUCUGUUUGUUUUCUAGCCUGUUCUCUCACAGUCAGCCUUUGUGGGAAAAAUGAUUGUAUGGUUACUCUUGCUGUCGUGUGAACCCGAUGACCUGAAGGUUUUGGAUUUUGUGACGGUCCUGCUUCACUGAGCGUUGGCGUUUGCCUUCCUGUCACAGAGCUGGUGGGACUGCGGCGCCCACCGUGCAGCUCACUGCUAUAACAGCCUUUGUACGGCUGAUCAGGAACCCCUCACAACCUCCUGAAAAUCACCGCUGAUCAAACACAAAUGCUCUUCUUCAAGUGUGUCUUCAGAAAACGUGUACUGCUGUUUUUUCUUUGGAGAAAAAAAAUCUACUGUAUGUUUCUUUUUUUUCUUCCCUUUUUUUUAAGAAAAUGUUUUCAUGUCUAGACUUUUAGUGAAAUUCAUACACGAUAAAUAUACUGUAAGUAUAUGUUGUGUAUAUCUGCAGUGUGCACACGAACACGCUGACAACAGAAUCCGGCCUGCGCUGUGCGCAGGUCUUUGACUUGAUUUUGCCUCACAGGAGCUGAAGAGAGAUGUGGCUUUCAGGUUCAUGUGAAAGUGGAGGCUGGAAGUAUGAAUAAAGAAAAAAAAAUUACAAACAAA